CUUUUGGUUUCUCUCAGCGCUUUCUGGCUUUGUUACCAUUGAGCACUCAUGGAAGAUGUCCAAGAACCGCCUGCUUCUCGAAGCAAUGGUUCCCGGGACAGUGCACAUGAGGAAAAGAAAAGGUCUGGUAUCCGUGGUAUAAGCAGAAGAAUACGAGCUGGAUUCUCUGAUGCGCUUUCUUCCCUUGAUUUGUCAUCUUUAGUUCUUGAGGAAGAGGAUAAAGUUGAGUCAUCUCCAAGAGGUGCUCUCAACCCUGUUCCUGAGGAAUAUUGCUCAAUAAGUGAGGAAUACCCAGAAUCUGAUUCUCCUGAUUCUUCCAAGGACAGCGCCUCACUGGAUGCAGAAAACCUUGAACUUCCAGGUGCAGCCCUUCACUGGCGUGGCUUCAAGAAAUUACUGAAGAAAGGACCUCCUGGAAUGCACCUUCCUAACAAUAUCAAUCUGAAAAAUGUUCCUAAACUCACCAGAAGAAAAAGCAAAAGAAUAAGAGAGGAAAUGGUUCCAACACUGGCUUCUCCUUUGGAUCCUGAACUAUACUGUUUCAAAUCUUCAUGGAAGAAUUUUGCACUCUCGGAGCUUCAGGAAGCAACUAAUAACUUCAGCAAAGAAAAUUUGAUUGGACAAGGAGGCUAUGCAGAAGUUUAUAAGGGGAAAUUGCAAGAUGGGCAAUAUGUUGCAAUUAAACUGCUAACCAGAGGUUCUCCAGAGGAAAUGACAAUGGACUUCUUGUCCGAGCUUGGGAUAAUGGUCCAUGUUGAUCAUCCCAAUAUCGCCAAAUUAAUUGGCUAUGGAGUUGAAGGGGGAAUGCACCUUGUUCUUCAGUUGUCUCCCCAUGGGAGCCUUGCUUCAUUGCUUUAUGGACCAAAGGAACAACUGACUUGGGCAAUCAGAUUCAAGAUUGCUUUAGGGGCUGCUGAGGGCCUUUGCUAUCUUCAUGUUGGAUGUCAAAGGAGAAUUAUCCAUAAAGAUAUUAAGGCUGCUAAUAUAUUGCUAACCGAGGACUUUGAUGCUCAGAUUUCUGAUUUCGGGCUUGCAAAGUGGUUACCGGAUCAAUGGACUCAUCAUACUGUAUCAAAAGUGGAAGGGACAUUUGGAUACCUUCCUCCUGAGUUCUUCAUGCAUGGCAUCGUAGAUGAGAAAACAGAUGUCUUUGCUUAUGGGGUACUAUUAUUAGAGCUAAUUACUGGGAGGCAAGCUUUAGAUAGUUCUCAGCAAAGUCUUGUUAUGUGGGCCAAGCCUUUGAUUAGCAACAAUCGUAUCAAAGAGCUUGUUGAUCCAACUAUUUGGGAUGCCCAUGAUACAGCUCAGUUGGACUGCCUCAUAUCCAUUGCUUCUAUGUGUGUGAAUCCAUCCUCAAUGAACCGACCCCAAAUGAGUGAGGUCGUAGACAUUUUAAAGGGUGAUGCUAAUCUGGAAAUGUUAAAACUACAGCAAAAAUCUAAACUUCAAAGGACUUACUCAGAGGAACUCUUAGAUGCUGAAGAAUACAACUCAACCAAGUAUUUGAGUGACAUGAAUCGCCACAUGGAGGAACUUCUAGACUCUGAGAGUUCCAAUUUAGAUUCACCCACUCCGAACUGAAUCAGUUUUAUCCAUAGACAGCAAUCCUGUAAACAGAGCAGGUUCAAAAGAGAGCAGAGUGAAGAAAUUCAUUUUCCUACUCUCAGUCCUCAGAAAUUUGCAUUGCUUUUGGAUGAAGAAUCAUCACCUUUGCAAAGGUUAUGAUACAUUGUUGUAAAACAAUUUUCAGAAAAUUGUCAUUUGUGUCAUGUGUUAUUGUAUUGUUCUCAGGAAAUGUGACAAACA